CGGGCGCUGCUGGUUUCCAUGGUGACGCGGCCUAGACAAGUUCCCCGGGGCCUAGGCGGCGACGGUCAUGGCGAUCCUGACGCCGCUGCUGGCUUUCCUCUACCACCUGCCCCGCUUCUACCGCUGGCUCCUGCGCCCCUACUACGUGGCGUCGGCCGCGCUGAGCCUGGCCUUCCUGGCCGCCCGCAAGCUGCCGCCUCUCUGCCGGGGCCUCCCCAGCGACAGGGAGGAUGGCAACCCCUGCGACUUCGACUGGAGGGAAGUGGAAAUCCUGAUGUUCCUGAGCGCCAUUGUCAUGAUGAAGAAUAGAAGAUCCAUCACAGUGGAGCAGCACGUGGGGAACAUCUUCAUGUUCAGCAAGGUGGCCAACCUCAUACUGUUCUUCCGCCUGGAUAUCCGCAUGGGCCUGCUCUACCUCACCCUGUGCGUAGUCUUCCUGAUGAUCUGUAAACCUCCCCUCUACAUGGGGCCCGAGUACAUCACGUAUUUCAACGAUAAAACCAUUGAUGAGGAGCUGCAGAGGGACAAGCGGGUAAUCUGGCUGGUCGAAUUCUUCGCCAACUGGUCGUCGGAGUGCCAGUCAUUCAGUCCUGUGUUCGCCGACCUCUCCCUCAAGUACACAUGCACUGGGUUGAAAUUCGGAAAGGCUGAUGUGGGUCGCUACGCAGAGAUUUCUGAGAAGUAUAAGGUCAGUACAUCACCCCUCAGCAAACAGCUGCCCACAUUGAUCCUAUUCCAAGGAGGCAAAGAGGCGAUGAGACGCCCACUGAUUGACAAGAAGGGACGAGCUGUGUCCUGGACAUUCUCGGAGGAGAACCUGAUCCGCGAGUUUAACCUGAAUGAGCUGUACCAGCGGGGCAAGAAGACGAUGAAGGUGAAGGAGGAGCCUGUGCUGGAGGAGGCAGCAGAGGCCCAGGAGGAGAGAUCGCUGGAAAACGGAGCAGUGGAGAGCAAGAAGGACAGAUAAAGGGUCCAAAGGCGCAGCAGUGGUGGUCGGGUGGUUGGACGGGUUGCUCGGAGCCUGUGCCAGCGAGAGAGAGAGAGCGGAACAGGAGGGCACUUCACUGUGACCUUAUCCCCCCCACCACCGACAUCCCACCCUCCGAAGCCCACUGGCCACCAGGGGCUCCCAUCGUGGUGCCCCCCCACCGACACACCCACAAUCCCUGCCCUGCCGCUCUCAGGCAACCGGCUGGGAUCAUCUCCCUACUUUGUUAACUCGCUCGCUGCGAUGUCGCUCCUCCUGCCCUAACCCUCUCCUGGGUCCGCUGCUUCUUUACCCUGCCCACGGAACACUGGGCCUGUUGCAUGCAGAGCAAGAUCCCAGCAUCAGUAGGCUUGCCCCUGGCAUGCUAAGCAAAUGUACCCCUACCUUCCCUUUCCCUCUCUCUGUCUCUAUCUCUCUCUCUCUCUCUCUGUCUCUAUCCACCUCUCUUUGUCUCUCUCUCUCAUUCUCUCUCUCUCUCUCUCUCUCUGUCUCUCUCUCUCUCUGUCUCUC